AUGCCACUCAUUGUCAUUUCCGGUGGUCCAUGUUCGGGCAAAUCAAUGCGAGCCCAAGAGCUGCUUGACUAUUUCCAGACAAAAUCAAUGCCCGUACAGAUUAUUACGGAUAACAAUCUGGACCGAAACGCAGUUUACGCAGAUAACACGCUCGAAAAACAAGCACGAAGCGAUUUGAAAGCUGAAACACAAAGAUUAGUAACAAAAACGGAUUUGGUGAUUUUAGACGCUUUGAAUUAUAUAAAAGGCUAUCGUUAUGAACUUUAUUGCAUAACUAAACUCUAUCAAACCGUUCAAUGCACAAUCUACUGUAAUACUCCUGCACACGUUGCACGUGAAUGGAAUACAGCUAACCGUCGAUAUGAUCCAUCUAUUUUUGAUGCAUUAGUGCAACGUUACGAACCGCCAGAAGGUCGAAAUCGUUGGGAUGCACCAUUAUUUGAAAUCACCCCGGAGGAUCAAUUACCACUAGAACAAAUUGCAGAUUAUCUGGCAAAUAAACGCCCACCACCUCCCAACAAAUCAACAGUUAACUUACCCAUCUCGGACACAAAUUUCCUACACGAUGUUGAUCGAGUAACGCAGGAUGUCAUCGAUUCAAUUGUUCAACAAAGUAAAAUGGCUGUGCUCGGUCAGCAGUUUUCAAUUCCAGGAACAACAGAAAAAAUAAACUGGAACCAAAAUCAUUCGGUUUCGGAUCUACGUCGAAUUCGUCAACAAUAUUUAAAAUUCAUCAAGACACAUCCACCAUCAAAGGACAAUACAAAUGUAACAGCCAUGUUCGUUCAGUUUCUUAAUAACAAUCUUUGUUAA